AUGCGCAGCUCCUCUUCCGUCUGCUCAUUGCUCAUCUCCCUUAUAGUUGCAAUUGUCGGUAUUUCCUAUCACAAAUGGGGCCAUCACGCGACAUCCCUCUUCACUACUUGCGCCUGUGACAAUGCUCCUUCAUCACCUCACUAUGCCAGCUGGAAUACCUGGUUUCACUCUUCCAGGUCUCCUAAGGCGUCCGAGAAAUUAUCAUACGGCGACGAUGGCUGGAACCUCUUUCACCACCUUGGCGGAAACGGUCCGUGGGUAGAGAAGACAGAUGGAGAUCAUGUAUUCCAGGGAGUUGGUCCUCCCGAUGGAUGUUCAAUUGAACAGGUACAUAUGAUGUCUCGCCAUGGAGAAAGAUACCCGACUAAAUCUGCAGGAAGUCGCCAUCUUGCCCUACUCGACCGGAUCAAAGAGACAAGCGCACCUCUUAAUGGAUCUCUGGCAUUCCUCAACAACUGGUCCUAUUUUACCAGUGAGCCUGAGAAAGACUUUGACCAAUUGACCGCCACUGGGCCAUAUGCCGGUAAACUGCAGGCUUUUACCACGGGAGUCCGAUUUGUGACUCGUUACGGUCAUCUCUUGUCGAGAGGCUACAAGACACGCCUAUGGGCAAGCGAAUGUCAGCGCGUCAUAGAAACGGCCCAGCACUUCGCCUCGGGGAUGUUCGAUCUGGACUGGGAAAAGAACGGGAAAGCUGAGCUGGAGAUUAUCCCUGAAACGUUUGAACAGCGCGCAAAUACACUUACGCCUGGUGAUACGUGUUUGAAAUAUUUGGAAGACCCUGAAAAGGGACAUGACAACGGCAUGAACAUGCGGAAUCGUUUCCAAGCCGUUUAUACUCCGGCCAUCGCGAACCGACUCAUCUCGGAACAAGACAAUCUGGCUCUAGGCUCACUUUCCAGUGAUGAGAUCUUCAGCAUGCAGGAAAUGUGUGGCUACGAGACUAUCACCCGGGGAUCUAGUCCUUGGUGCGACGUCUUCACCAGGGAGGAAUGGGAGAGUUUCGAAUAUGCUCGCGAUAUAAUCCACUAUUACCGCGCUGGUCCUGGGAACCCAUACGCUGGUGCAAUGGGCUGGCUCUGGCUGAAUGCCACAGCGGCACUCUUACAAACCGGGCCUGCAGCCGGGACCAUGUUCUUUAGUUUCGUCCAUGACGGCGAUAUCGCCCCUUUCCUUACAGCUUUAGACAUCAUGAAAGAUCAUCAAUACGACCCGUCGCUUCCCGUCACACACGUAGCGAGAGACCGAAAAUGGCGCACCUCGUCUGUGAUGCCGAUGGGUGCCCGAAUCGUUUUAGAGAGGAUGGCCUGUCCUUCACCGUCAGCUCAGAGUGGCAAAGAUGGGCAGGAUAAUUUUGUUCGCAUCAAUAUCAAUGACAGGAUAGUGCCGCUGCCAUACUGCAAAUCUGGGCCUGGUCAUUCAUGCCCGUUGAGGGAUUUUGCUCAGCGUGUGGAGCAAAGAAGGUCAGAGGUGGGGGAUUUCGCAGAAGUUUGUGGACUUGAUGGAGAUUACCAUUUCGUGCCUCCCGAGGAGCGCGCAAAAGACGACAAGGGAAAUCUCUUACCAUGGGGAUAUGUCUAUAAAGACGAAGCUCGCAAUCCCCGCCGACCCCCCGAGGAAUCCGGACCGUUUGGACGGCGACGCAACGCUCGCUACGAACAUGCCCGCUCGCGAACACGCACCGGCACGCCCGCCAAACGCGAGAACCCGAACGUAGCGGAGUUCGGGCGGCUCUUCGCCCAGCAGCAGGAGGACGAGAAGACCCGGCCCAACGCACUGCCGAAGUCGUCGUCGUCGUCGAACCUCGAGAGCCAGCGCAAGCAGCAGACCGAGAAGGUCGCCACCGAGUGCAUCCUCUACGGCUACAAGAGCAAGGACUCGGAGUGGAAGGUCAUCGACAAGUUCGAGCGCAUCUGCGGCGGCUUCAUCUGCGAGGAUUACCCGCGUACCGACCCCAACUCCGCCACGGGGUACGCUCAGCUGCUGAGCGGCGGCGACGUCGUCAUCCGCUCGAACCUGUCCGCCGAUGCCAAUCGCAAGUCGAAGCGCUACGCGGGCGGAUACCACUGGAUCAAGGUGACCUUUGACUCGGCGUUGGCGGCCGAUCGGGCUUGCUUUUACUCGCCGCAGGAGAUCGACGGGCAUCAUGUUAUCUGUGAGAUUUAUCACGGCCAGGGCCCCGCGGAGGAUGCGCCCAUCCCUGUGCCCACGGGCAAAUCGGACGCCGUCGCUGCGUUCUCGGACCUCUUCAAGGCAAACCCGCCGCGGACCCUGACGACCUCGCAUUCGACGACGUUCUUGCAGACGCAGAAGGGCAAAGAGCGCGCCGCCUCGACACUGCCGAGGUCGUCGGCCAUGAAUAACCUCUCGACCGUGCCGGACGUCGAGGAGGACGACUCCUUCACCUCAACCACCACCGCCAGCUCGGCCACCGCUACGGGCGUCGACAACCGCACCUCGCCCUCGUCUGGAGUCCACCAACGCCCCGUCGUCCCCAAGGACGUCCCCGUUCAGCCGCCCCAGGAGAAACCCGAGUCCGAGUUCAUGACGCACAUUCCCACCGUGCGGCGGGCCAAGCUGCGACCCAUCGCCGAGGCCCUGCCGCCGCAGCCGACGGUCACGGAGCGGGUGCUGCGCUCGAUCCCCAUCCUCAGCUGGUUCACGGGCGAUAUCGUCGGCGACGGACCGCAGCUGAAGGAGGACGGCACCUUCGAUUACGACAAGUCGAACUCCUACUGGCGGUUCUGGAACAUGCUGGAUUCAUUCCUGGGGACGGAUAUCUGUGGGCUGAAGGAGGAAUCUUGA